ACAGCACCACAUGCACUACAACAAUGGAGCUUCUGCUAAACCAUCAACUCGGCCCUUUCGGUCUCGAUUCAUACUCACAUUAUGAGGGAGGUGCCAAUAUGUUCGGGAUCGAUUGGAACGACCCAGUCAACCUCAUGGUGGCCAUGGGCGGGCGUAUGCCAGAGUGUCCCUCUCCAGCUGAAGUCAAAGAAGAGGCAAAGGAACGGUCAAGCAAGAUUUUCUCGACAUACCGAACAUUGAACAAGAUCCUUGAGCGCCAUGAGGCCACCAUUCAAAAGCGAUGGUCCAAGAAGACUCGAUCGCAGAGGCUUCGCAUUCUCCUCAACGCCUGGCCGGAUAUGCCUGCCUCGCAUCGUCCCGAUUUCGAGGCGUUCCGCAACGAGCCGUCUAAGAAGCGAAAGAGCGGUACGAAGCAUAGGGGUGCAUACAUAUGGCCCUAUAUCAACCAGGAAGACCUAUCGCAGACUAGACCACUGCCCUUGUUGCUCAACGCAAGAGGCCGUACUCCCCCGACCACUUUCGUGGGUGCCGACCACAAUGCAAUGCAACUCGGCAAAACGAGCUUGGCAAUAGUCGCUAUAGCUCUCGAUGAAUACACCGUGGUACUCAACAGGGCCACCUCCGAAAAGGAUUAUGGCGAGAUGUUGGAUUGGGAUACUCAUCCUGAUGCCUGUGAUUGGAUCCAUUCCCGUACAGAAUUCCUUCCUGGAGAGGCCCUGCUUAUCCUCGAAGCACAAGAACGAGUGUUGGUUUUUCUCGUGGAGUGCUGUCAGGAGCUUCUCCACGAAAUCCCGGCGGACACACUCACCAGCGAUGAGUUCCCUGUCCAGCCAGAGCCACGAGUGAAAUCAGAGAGUGACGCUUCUGGAUUUGAAUCCCUGGCCGUGUUGGCAGCCGAGGCGCCAUAUCGGGUGCCAGGACAGCUUGACCUGGGUCGAAUGGAGUCGCUUCUUGAAGCUAGAGUGUCAGCCGCAGAAGAUAGGCUUUGGAUCCUUCGAGAAGAUCCGUCAUACUUUACGCAACGGCUUCUGGAAACAAAGGAACAUCAGCAAGAGCUGAUGCGGGACACCUUGGGUCAGUCUCAUCACACCGCCUGUACAGGCCGCACCGCUACUCUCUGGUCUCGCAUCUUAGGCAAUGCUCUCACUGACGCUUACUUGCCCCUUGAACUAUUUUCUGAGCUUCACAAGCAGGUGCAGAUGCUUCAGCGGCUUCGGCAAAAACACGCUGAAAUAUCACUCUUGGAUUACUUGCCAGAGGAGUACUUAGUUGCUCUUGUCAAGUUCCGUCACUACCUCAUUCAAGGUUCACGUGGCAUGCUAAGCAAUCUCGAAGCACGCGUCAUGGCUUCGCCGCCAAUGCGUAAGUUCUAUGUGCGCGAGCCGAGUGAUGGCAAGUCGAAGAUAGCAAUCAGACCCCGAACUGGGGUAAAAAUGACAAAGGUCGAGGAGCACCUCAUCUGGCUCCUACAUUCGUUGUGGGAUUAUGAAAAUCGGAUGUUCUCGGAGAGCCACUCACUUAUGCUCGACGAGCUUGAGCGUCUGAUACAAGCAGAGCCACAGGCGCAAGCCCUUAUAUCCAGCCCCGUCGCCAAACUCAUCAGUGACGCUUCUAUCAUCUUUGAAUGUUUGAGGCAGCUAGAUCUCUACCGCCCAUGGGCUUUGCAAUUUGAUCAGGCUCUUCAAGACCGAGGACCCGAGAUCGACCGAGGCUUUAUGCAACUCUCUGAGCCAUGGCGCGAGAUGUUUCUUGCCCUCGACGAGCACAACCUGAAUGUGUUCGCCAAGCUGAGUGACCCAUCUAGUGGAAACUUCACCUAUCCUUUCAGUAAGCGCCGGACAAGGGAGAAUGUGGAUGCCCUAAGACUGGCUGAGGCCAACCUGGACGAUGUGUGGGCCAGCUUUGACCGAAUAUUCGAGAAGAAGGAUAUCCAGCUAGACCGAACAGCGGCUCAGCACCUUCUUUCGCAGCCGCGCAUGUUGCAGAGGACUCCGGAGUGGGUUGGAACGGCAACAGCUGCCAAGGACAAGCAAGCUGCAGAUCCCGAUGUCGAGGCCCUUGUUCAGCCUUUCUCGGCGGUGUUCUGUAACCGUUUGAGUACUCUUGACGAUACUACGCAACGAAAGACAAAGGCAGAGACAAAGGGGACGCCAUCCAAACCAGAAGAUGACUCGACUGAAACACCCGAAAUCGCACAAAUUGACCAUCGACCGACCGUCCCCAUUGACGCCCGCUCGCUAAAGGUCUUCCGCACCCUCUUUUUCAACCCGGCAGUAUCGUCAUCGCCGGGCGACGUGCCAUGGAAUGAGUUCCUUCACGCCAUGGCCUUGACUGGGUUCAGAGCUGAGAAGCUGUAUGGGUUCGUCUGGCAGUUCUCCCCGACCAAGUUGAAUGUCAAACGAAGCAUACAAUUUAAUGAGCCUCAUCCGAAGGGCAAGAUGACACUUGAGGUGGCCAGGCGAUUUGGACGGAGGCUUACCCGGGCAUACGGCUGGUCUGCGGGUACGUUUGUAUUGAGGCAGAAAUAGACACUCCUUGAAGUAGAUGGCGUGAAUCUUUUGAAUAAUGUCAUGUUGGGUACUGGAUCAAGUUAUUUGUGCUUCUGACACGGAUCAAAUAUGUGCGUUUCUGGCAUUGCCACCGUAGCCUAUGCUCUUAACAAAGGGGAUA